ACUACAGUGAGCAAUGACCAAUACUAUAUAAUUUGAAGAAAGAAAAAUGAUUAAUUUUUUUUUCAAAGAACUUAUCUACAGCAUCACUUUUUCUUGUAUAUUAUACCAGCAACACUUUAGUCUUCAGAGAACAUUAUAUGGUGUGACAAUUAAUUGUCUCUUUUCUCUAUAUUUCUGCCGAUGUCUCUCUCUUCCAGUUCCUUCCCGUUUCUCCAAUUGUUCGAUCUCAAUAUUCAGAGGCUUGAAAAAACAGUAGGACAAAAUCGAUUUUGAGAGGGCUCUUCUCUUUCACGACUGUUGGAAGGCUAUUCAUAGGCUUUUUCUUCUCGUGUUUGCUUGAGCGUUCGCCGUUAGAACUUUAGCCAUCAUUUUUGUGCUAUUCAUAAGACAGGACUUUGGUUAUGAAGCAUGAAACUCUAUCAUACUGGUUUGGCAUCUUGUUCUCUUUAUUAUAUCGUUAAUUUUCAAUAAAUAUAUACAAAUCAGCGAUGUUUCUCCCAGCAAUCAAAUUUGAGUGAGGGAUAUUGCUAAGAUAAGAGGUAUCAUUACCAUUUUCAGAUUUUUAAUUGUAGUGCUUUAGAAUUUUUAGUCUUCGUAUGACAGUUUGACAGCUAGCUUUUGUGUCAUAGAAGUUGGUUGAUUUGGGGAAUCAGCUUGAUUAAGAGGCUUAUAAAAGAGAAACUCAGACUCAUUUUUCAUGGAAAAGUUGGUUUCGUGAAGCCUUGAAUUAUGUUCUCGGAGAAGCUAACUGGUAUGCUGUGAAUUUGGUAGUAAGGAAAGAAGACAAAUAACUCUCUUCCUUAAGCAGACCAUGGAUGGUAACCAGGACGUGGUAAUUGCCAUUGGCCAGCAAGCUGAGCUGAAGGGUGAUGAUGAUGGUGAUAAUAAGUUGUUAGAUUUCAUCGAAAAAUAUAUUGAAAGUGGAGGAGAAAUAAAUAAAGCUACUAAAAGUGACGACGGAUCACAUAUCAAGAUACAAAAAGUUCCAAAAAUGAUGUUGAGGAAAAAUAAUUGGAAAGAGUAUUACAAGCCAAAGGAGAUUGCAAUUGGUCCUCUUCAUGCUUUCACCAAGAGCUUGAAAAAUACAGAUGAUCUCAAGCAUAGAUUAACGGCAAGAUUUAUCAAAGAAAGCGGUCGAGAUGGGAGAACUUUACUUGAAGAAAUCAACAAAAACAUCUCUCAACUGAAGGAGUGCUUCGAUUUGAAUGUAAUACCUCGCCUCUUCAAUGAUGAUGAUAAGGAAUUGGCCAGGUUACUGUUUUUAGAUGGGUGUUUUGUACUACAAUUCAUAGAUAGUUAUGUCAAUGGUGACAUAAAAGAGUUUGAGAUUAGCAGUGGCCAAGUUGUUGAGAUUCAACAUGACUUGUUUCUCCUGGAAAAUCAAAUUCCAUUUCGAGUACUCAUAAUAUUGAUGAGGUUAAGUAAGGAAGGGGUUCGAUUGGCGACAAACAUCUAUCGUUUUAUCUUUUUGAACAACAUGGUACCACACAACUUCUGUAGCAAUUGGGCACAAGACAUUUUUUUUGCCAAUUUAGAAAUUCUUGUUAAUAAAAAGAACAUCAUUGAAGAUGAUAAAUUGCCUGCUCAUCUUCUUGACCUUCUUAGAUCAAAGCUGUUAUUUAAUGAGGAUGAGCCUGAAUAUGAUCAUGAGAGCAGCACAGGUGGAAACACUACAGAUGCUCUUUUGUACUACAAACACUCUUUUCGCAACGUUCAAGAUCUUAAAGAAGUUGGUAUAAUGUUAAAGCCCGACUAUUCUCGUGGCCUGAAAUCUGUAUCUUUCUCUUCUCCAUUGUAUAUUUUUGGUAAACUUAACCUUCCUCCAUUGAUUGUGGAUGACUCAACAGCACGAAAGUUGCUGAACUUGGUUGCUUAUGAAAUGUGCCCUGAUAACAAUAAGAAAAACUACACUGUGACUUCUUAUUUGAGGCUAUUAGAUUCACUCAUCGAUAGUGAACAAGAUGUUAAAGAUCUAAGAUUAGCACAUAUACUUCGAAAUCAUCUUAGUAGCGACGCAGAAGUAGCACAAUUGUUCAACACCAUAGGCAGCAGCUUGGUGCCCUAUGAUGCUUAUUUGAGCGUGAAAAUAGAAAUACAAAAGCACUACGAAAGAAAGAUCGUUGCUUGGAAAGCUCAGUUCUAUAGAGACUAUUGUAAAAGUCCUUGGACUAUCUUGGCUCUUCUUGCUGCAGCAGCGGCACUUAUAUUAACAGGGAUUCAGACUUAUUACUCUGUCAAUAAUCCCUCCUAAGGAUUGAGUUACAGAAACAAGUAUAGUUUUUUUUUUAGUCAUAUUGUUUUAGCAUAGAUGUUAUUGGGUGAUUCUACAAUGCACCCCUUUAAAAGGGAUGUACCGACUUGUUUCGGCAUCCAGAAGAAUUUUUUAAUCUAAUUUCUUUUCAUAUUCAUGUACGUUGUAGCUAUUUAAGAUAACCUACAAAAUUUUGAGAAAUUCAGAAUAAUUUACAAUAUAAAAAACAAUGUUCAAACAGUCUAUUUUACACGCGUAUAAAAUAAAAUAGUCACGCGUGCAACACACUGUUGGAAC